AUGUCCAUGACGCUGGGCAAAGAUGUGUCGGCACUGUUUCCUGAUGUACUCAAGAACAUUGCAACCGCCGACUUGGAUCAGAAAAAGCUCGUAUAUCUAUACCUCAUGAACUAUGCAAAAUCGCAUCCCGACCUCUGUAUCCUCGCCGUAAAUACUUUUGUACAAGACUCGGAAGACCCAAAUCCCCUUAUACGAGCAUUGGCGAUUCGGACAAUGGGCUGCAUUCGUGUGGAUAAGAUGACCGACUAUAUGGAGGAGCCUCUGCGGAAAACGUUGAGAGACGAGUCGCCAUAUGUCAGGAAAACAGCGGCCUUGUGCGUAGCUAAACUCUUCGAUCUCGCGCCCGCCAUGUGCUUGGAGAACGGCUUCCUCGAACAGUUGCAGGAACUAGUUGGCGACCCAAAUCCCAUGGUAGUCGCAAACUCGGUCACAGCCCUGGUCGAGAUUCAAGAAGCAGCCCCGGAAACAAAGGCCCUCGUCAUUACGUCGCAACAGCUCAAGAAGAUGCUUUUGGCGCUGAACGAGUGUACAGAAUGGGGUAGGGUGACUUUGCUCACCACUCUGGCCGACUACAAGGCAGUAGAUAUCAAAGAGGCAGAGCACAUUUGCGAACGAGUCGUUCCACAGUUCCAGCACGUCAACCCCAGUGUGGUUCUUGCAGCCGUCAAGGUCGUCUUUCUACACAUGCGAAACAUCUCUCCCGAGAUGAUGAAGUCGUACACGAAGAAGAUGGCACCGCCGCUAGUUACACUCGUUUCGUCUGCACCAGAAGUACAGUAUGUCGCGCUACGGAAUAUCGACCUACUCCUCCAAAAGCAACCCGAUAUCCUUAGCAAAGAAAUGCGCGUCUUCUUCUGCAAAUACAACGAUCCACCAUAUCUCAAGAUGACGAAACUGGAGAUCAUGGUACGGAUAGCCAACGACAAAAACGUAGAUCAGCUACUAGCAGAACUGAAGGAGUACGCUAUGGAGGUAGACAUGGACUUUGUGCGACGUGCCGUCAAAGCCAUUGGACAAGUUGCGAUCAAGAUCGAAAGCGCGAGCGAGAAGUGUGUCAACACACUGCUUGACCUCAUCAACACCAAGGUCAACUACGUCGUCCAGGAAGCGAUCGUGGUCAUCAAAGACAUCUUCCGAAAAUACCCCGGUUACGAAGGCAUAAUACCGACACUGUGCCAGUGCAUAGAUGAGCUGGAUGAGCCCAAUGCGAGAGCAUCCCUUAUAUGGAUUGUUGGAGAAUACGCAGAGAAGAUCAACAACGCCGGCGAGAUAUUGUCAAAUUUCGUGGACACCUUUGCCGAAGAAUUCACUCAGACACAACUCCAAAUCCUCACAGCUGUUGUCAAGCUUUUCCUAAAGAAACCAGAUCAAGCCCAAGGCUUAGUGACCAAAGUCUUGCAAGCUGCUACUGCAGACAAUGACAACCCGGAUAUCCGAGACCGAGCUUAUGUCUACUGGCGACUGCUUUCCAGCGACCCACAGAUUACCAAGGACAUUGUACUUUCCGACAAACCACCAAUCACAUCCACAAUACGCUCACUACCCCCUCAAUUGUUGGAGAGUCUGCUCACAGAACUAUCAACACUGGCAUCAGUCUACCACAAGCCACCAGAGGCCUUCCUCGGACAAGGCCGAUUCGGCGCAGAGGCAAUGCAACGGGCUGCGAUCGAGGAGCAACAAGAAGAGGCACGAGAAAACCCGAUCGCUGCAGCCGCAGCAGCAGCUGGCGGACAAGCGCCAACAAACAUGGAGAAUCUCUUGGACAUUGACUUCGAUGGCUCGGCUCCUGCUUCGAUGCAAAAGCAACCUGGCUUUGGAGCUUCCGGUUUGGAGGGCCUUGCAGGUACCCCACAACGUGUUGGAUCCCCGGCUGUCAAUGCGCCUGCGCCGGCACAAUCAAACAUGGAUGAUUUGAUGGGUCUGUUCGGUGACGGAGGAGGAGCGGCCCCUGCUCCAAGCGCACAGAUGGGCAACGACGAUAUCAUGAACGGGUUUGCAAGCAUGAGCAUGGACACCAACCAACCUCCACCAGCGACGCAGCAAUUAGGCGGAGAUCAAAGCAAGAAGAGCAACCAGGAUCUACUGGACUUGUUUUGA